AUGGAUACGGAAGAGAAGACCAAAAUUGAAAUCCAAAACACAUCAAAAUUCGACUGGAAAACCAAGGGCGUCCUAGAGAGCAUGGACAUCAGCAUCAACUUCAUCUUCUCAAUAGGUUUGGCUGGCCUGCUCUCCAGCUCCCUCUUCUUCCUAGACCAGUCAAAUGGCUGCACUGAUACCAGAAACUAUUUCUACUGGCUGAACUUCAUUCCAGCUGGAAUCAGCAUCCUCUACGGUGCCACCAAAGUGGACUGGUCAAAGAUAGCCGAUUUGCUUGGCAUAGCCACCGGUGACUACAUUCUGCUGAAAACAGUAUUCCGCCUCAACGAAGAAAUGCGCUUCUACGUCCUUGGCUGUGCCCUUGGAGGCGCAUUUGUCACGGUAGAGGCCUUCAAGGGUAGAAGACGAUUCAACUUUGUUAUGCUCUUUCUGUUUAUGCUUCAAAUAUUUGCAUUAAGCCUGAAUUACGAGCAGUUUGUGAUUCUGUUUCUGGUUGUGGUAUCACUCGUCUUUGUGAAAUAUAAGGCUGUUUCAGACAAGGAUGCAGCCAGAACACGUCUAUUUCUGGUAGGCGUCUUCUACGCAGUGGAUCUGCUCAUGAAUAUCCGUAUCACCAAGCAGGCUGCAUUCAUCAACCUGAAACACAUCAGACUUCCAUUCUACGCCUAUACGCUGCUUGCUGUCUUCUACGUCAUCCUCAGCGGCCGUAUUGAAUACUUCUCAAAUGCAUUUGCCCUUGCUAACCUAAUUGCAAUUUCAACCUACGUGAUUUACAACGAGGCCAAAGGAAUCCAAAUCAGCUUUGUUGACGAAUACACCGCCAAAAUGGCACUGGUCGUCUCAGUCGGCCUCCUCGUCCUCUCCCACAUUCUCAGUCGAUCCAAAAUCACCAGGGUGUUUCCACCAAAAUAUCAGGGGCUGUUUGAUUUCACCUAUUUCUCAUUGGAGAACUUCCUGUAUUCAGCAACCUACGAUCACAUGGUGAUCAGAAUCAGGGAGACAGACGCAUUGCCACGAUCAAAAUCAACUCAGCUGAUCCACAUGCGCAUUGUCGACUUCAAGAUGGUCUGUGUUCUCCACAUUCUGAAUGAAUUGAUCAGGGACGAGAAUAUCAGUGAAAUUGAUCUGAAUGACGAGAGGGUCUUCAGCAGGCUCUCUAACUUCACUGAUGCGUACUACGGUGCAAUUGAGAAGGCAAAGGAGCACCACGAUGCAUUAGAUCAGGAGAUCGAGGGUGCGAUUCAGUCGAUUGUUGACGUAAACAACGACGUCUUCUCCAAGGUGCUCCAUUUUGUCGGAUUCAAACGAAUUGGCCUUGGAUUCCUGUUCAACCGCAACAGCUACACGCGUGAGAGGAACGAGCUGCUGGCUUUCAAGAUCGAGGACGAUAUCAGAAAGAAGGGCGUUGGAAACAUUGCUGGGGCAGAGAUGUUCUUGGGUGACACCGACAUGAAUUAG